AUGGUCUGUUACUGCUGUUGUGGAGUGAGAUCUGGCAGUGAAAUCCUAUGCAGUCAGGGAGCUUGGAAGCAUGUAACUGUGCGUGAGAUUAUGUUGUCAAAGCUGCAGAAUCUCAAGUCUGUUCAGAUAGCAGGAGUAGCAGUGAUUUUGUCUGAGCGAAUAGAUUGUUCUGCUGUGAGAUGUAUUUUGGAACAAAACCCCUGCAGGCUUUUUUUGCCUCCCCAAGAUGGCACUGCCAAGAAGAAGGCUGCCCCAGUUAAGACUGAGGCGAAGUCCAGAGCCCUGAAGGCUAAAAGGGCCCUCUUGAAAGAUAUCCAUCGUCACACAAAGAAGAAGAUUAGAACGUCACCCACUUUCUGGAGGCCCAAAACUUGGCAGUAAUGGAAACAGCCCAAGUAUCUGCGGAAGAGUGCACCAAGAAGGAGCAAGCUGGAACACAAUGCUAUCAUUAAAUUCCCACUGACUACAGAAUCGGCCAUGAAGAAGACAGUGGACAAUAACAUGCUGGUCUUCAUUGAGGACAUAAAAGCAAAUAAGAACCAGAUCAAGCAGACAGUCAAGAAAUUGUAUGACAUUGACAUGACCAAGGUCAACACGCUGAUUUGGCCUGAUGGUGAGAAAAAAGCUUAUGUCCAUCUUGCUUCAGAUUAUGAUAUCCCUGCACUAGAUGUUGCCAACAAGAUUGGGAUCAUCAAAGCAAAGUAUUGCCAGAACUGUACAAUAGAAUUGCACAGUAAACACUUAUUACUACCAAUCCCCCCCAAUCCUGCAACCUUUACUCCAUUAAACGUUUUGGUAAAUAUGUAA